AUGGCAACACGCAAAUCACUACCUGUCACCGGCUUCGGCCUGCUCGGAAUGACCUGGCGCCCAAAAGUCACUCCUGAUGAACGUGCCUUUCCUGCAAUGAAGGCUGCCAUCGCAAAUGGAGCUACAAUCUGGUCCUCAUCGUCAAUCUACGGUAUGGCUCCAGAGGAGCCAACAGCUGGUCUAUCCUUAUUGCGCCGGUACUUCAUGAAAUAUCCCGAGGAUGCGGAAAAGGUCACCCUUUUCAUUCGGGCGUGUAUGGAUGGCAAGACUUUGACCCAGGCCUGCACUCGGGAUGGUGUACGUGCUAGUGCUGAGGAAUGCAAUCGUAUGCUGGGUGGUGCUAAAAAGAUUGAUAUUUUUGGACCCGCUCGAAUGGACCCAAACGUCCCUGUGGAGGAAACUAUCAGUGCUCUCAAAGAACUUGUGGAAGAGGGUCAAGUUGGUGCUGUGGGUUUGUCUGAAGUGGGUGCGCAGACGAUUAGAAAAGCUCAUGCUAUCUGCCCACUGAGUGUUGUUGAGGUGGAAUUCUCCCUGUGGAGUACUGACAUCCUCACUAAUGGAGUUGCCUCCGCUUGCAAGGAACUGGGUGUCCCCAUUUUAACCUAUGCGCCUCUCGGCUAUGGAUUCUUGACAGGACAGGUCAGAAAGCUAGAAGAUAUCCCAAAAGGUGACAUCCGUCAUAUGUUUGGCCGCUUUCAACCAGAACAUUUCCCCAAGAAUCUCGAAUUAGUCGACAAGGUCAAUGAAUUUGCCAAGCAGAAAAGCAUCACGCCGGCGCAGGUUGCUCUUGCUUGGAUUCGCGCUCACUCAAACACGGAAAAAUGUGGUACAAUCAUCCCAAUUCCCGGGGCAACGGAGGCCAAGCGGGUUGACGAGAACUGCAAAGUGAUAGAAUUGUCUGCAGAGGAAAAGGCAAGGCUUGAUAAUAUACUCGAGUCAAUCCCAGUAUCUGGAGGAAGACAGAUUGCUGGGUUGGAGUCUCAGCUUUGGGGGUAA